ACAGAGGAAGGGAGGGGGCAAGCUAGCAAAGGGCAGAAGAGAGAAAGAGAAAUAGAGAGAGGGAAAGAGAAAAAUCUCGUAAUGUCUCUCUUCUUGUUCUCCAUUUAGUGAACUCGCGGCGUUUCGCGGAUAAUGUCCGAGAAUGUCCAUUUCUGGGACUUUGAGCAACUAUUACGUGGACUCCAUCAUAAGUCACGAGAGCGAUGAACUCUCAACCCCGGCUCGCUUUCCCAGCGUCCAGUAUUCCGGCUCGAGCUCCGUCGCAGCCUCGGGCGGAAGGCAGCCCGGCGGCGCGGCGCACACGGAGCAUCCCCAUCCCGAGUCUUACCCAUCCUGCAGCUUCCAGCCGAAGCCUCCGGUCUUCUCAUCGUCUUGGAGCCCGUUCAGUCCGCACCACGGUGCCAGUGGCCUCCCAACUGUCUACCAUCCAUACAUUCCAGCCCAGCACGUGCCCGCCGCGGACACUCGGUACCUACGCUCAUGGCUGGACUGCGCGCCGCGCGGCUCCGAGACUGUCCCCGGGCAGGGCCAGACGGGGCAGGUCAAGCUGGAGCCGCAACUCGGUCAUCUCGGCGGGGAGAUCCCACCCAAAAUCGGCGGACAGCACCAGCACGAGUCCACCACGUACAUCUUGGAGUCGACAUCCACAGCGGCUCGCGAGCUAAGCCACCAUCCGGCAGCCAUCCCGGGAGCAGGGUUUGAAGAAAAUAAGGACAUUUGUGAAGGGAGUGAGGACAAAGACGGCCUGGAUCAAAAUGACCCCUCUGCCAACUGGCUUCAUGCGCGCUCCUCCAGGAAGAAGCGCUGCCCGUACACCAAAUACCAGACGCUGGAGCUGGAGAAGGAGUUCCUGUUCAACAUGUACCUCACGCGGGACCGGCGACAUGAGGUGGCGCGCGCGCUCAACCUGACGGAGCGGCAGGUGAAGAUCUGGUUCCAGAACCGGAGGAUGAAGAUGAAGAAACAGAGCAAGGACCAGCCCAAGGACUAGAGGGACUCCCACUCGCGCGCGCACAUGCACACACAGACACACAUGCACGCAUGCUCAUACCAUGUAGGUCUACCCGACAUAAACGUCCAUAUUUCUGUAGAGCACACACACACACACACACACACACACACCAUCAUCAUCAUCAUCAUCUGCUGUUUCCAAUUUGGUUUAACCUUCAAGAAAUGCUACGUGAGCUUCAGUCCAGCCACACCAAUCAACUGAUCAAUGGCAUUAUUGAUCGCUAAGAGACGCAGAGGACGUUAUAACACGGGAGUGUGAAGUCUGAUCGGAAACGCCGCAUCUGACUAGAGGGUGGAAAGAAGUUUGGAUUCAUAAGAGAUCGUGGUGAUGGAGGACGAUGGGUAAAAAAAAAAACCUCACAAACCAACCAGUUCAUCCUGGGCCCCCUCUCCUUUAAAUGAGUCGGACUCCAUGUUUAACCGCGGAUGGAACUGUUUGUUUGAUGAACUGAUAGCUCUUGUUCUUCCUACGUCUUCACGGUUUUAUAUUCCGCUUUUAGGCUUUGAUAUUAGGCCACGUUAUGAAAGGGAAGAAGGCAGCAAACUGCCGCUGAUGCUACAACAGGCUGGGCGGGCAGAGAGUUGGGGGGAGAGAGAGAGAGGGGGUUCUUUUUUCUCAAGCACUACUCUUCUUUUUAUUAGUUAUUUAUUGUUCAGUCGCUGACACCGGAGGAGCGCGGAGGUGCUGAAACCGGAGUUUCACAAGGCCAUUAAUAAGCGGAGGAGCGAAAGGGGGGGUGCACACACACACACAUACACACGCACACACACACACGCACACACUGGUAUCCAUCCUCCUUUUUUCUUCUCCUUUUUCUCGUUUCUAUCAUUGCUGACAGAAUUUGAUUAGAAAGCGCCUGAUGCUCGGCGUUGAUACAAGCAGCAAGCCGCCGUUUGUUUCCAGGUUGUCGGCCUAAGUAAUUAGCAGAUACUGGAGGGGGAAGAGGAGGAAGGUGAGAAGCGAUGGGGCGGCGAGGGUGUUAACCCGACUCAGCAACCGGGGAACCGAUUAGGCUGCUGUCGAUAUCGUGGAUGCCCGCCCUUCCCCUGGCUCUCCGGAUGCUUUAUGCGCUGCAAGCGGCGGCUCAUCUGCGGCCUUUAUCGGCUAUCGAUAGUCAUCCUCUCCGCGUCACAUGAGCCUGGAGUCAACAGGGUUUAUCUGGGAGGAGACACAGCACAAAGGCUUCAAGCAUCAAGACGCGGUUUUGGCUGAAUCCACGUCAGUUAAAUUCGGGUGGAGUUGGCCGUGAUCACUCGUGUCUCUAACCUGACUUCAGCUCAUAAAUAUUCCAGAUAGUUUUUGGUUGUUUGUUUUUUUUUUUUUCUCUCAAGUUCUGACCCUUCAUGCUUUCGCGACACACUCUCUCUCAAGGAGCAUUAAGGCUGACACAAAAGCUUAAUUAGCUGGCGCUUACAAAUGACCCCGUGUCUGUUAAUUCUUUGAGCUGAGGCGCAGAUGUACAGAAAAAAAGGAAGAAAAAAAAGAAGCUCUUCUAUUUUAUAUCCCAUGAGCGCAUGCAGCACUCCGCCCCCUCAAAACUCACAUCCAUCUGUCUUCUCACUCUCUAUCUCCCAGUCUUUAUUUAAUGUGCUUCAUGCGUUGCAUCUGAAGAAAAAUAUCGGCUCUAUUUUUAUACAUAGCCUACAGUAUGUUGUUUAGGCUCUUAUCUGCUAUGCAAGGCGGGUUUCUCUCUCAUUUCAGUGCGUAACGGUGGUUUGUAAACGCAACCUGGGAUUCCAGACAGGAGGGAAGCACCCCGAUGCGUUCACGUUUACUGACCAUUUUAAAACAUCUUUUUGUAUUUCUUUUUUAUUAUUAUUAUUAUUUCCUGGAAAUAUAAUUCUUAGAGGUUCUAUAACACGUUUAUAUCAACACUUCAGAUUUAUUUUCUCGCGAAAUGCUUUAGCAAUAGCGUCUACAUUAUAUGUGAGAGUGUUAGACUUUAUGCAGAAUUUAUUGAUGUGAGUGUUAAAAUAUGAAGAGGCCAUGUUGAAAGGCAGGCCUGAUGUGUUUUGAAGUGUCGUCUUAGUUAAAUGGCGUCCGAUGGCAGUUUUAUGGAUGGAUCAUAAACAACACAUAGGCUUUACAACUUUUACAACAUUGUGUGUGUGUGCAUGUGUGUGUAUGUGUGUGUAUGUGCAUGCAUGUGCGUGCGUGGAUGUUGCGGACCACAAAGGCUGCUUGUGCACCAACAUUGUAAAGAUUCGUACAGGCCUACAGCAGCCUGUAUAGUUUACACACACUUGCGUAUUGCCUCAGUUUCGUUGGUGUAAUCAUUCACACGCAGAAAUGAACGGGUCUACAAGCAGCCCUUUUAUUCUUUUUUUUUUCUUUUUCUUUUUUUGCAAAGUCUUAAACAGACAAGCUCUACACUUUCUCGAAAAGCAGCAUCAAAUCCUUAGGAGUUCAAAAUGUUUACAUGGUUUGCGCAUGCCUCGAGUCACUCGUCAUUUGAAGGCGUUAUUUGGUCGUUAAGCUCUUUGUGUGUUAAAUCUGUCGGAGGGGAAUGCUUACUGAAGAAUUAAAACAGACUAAACAGAAGUUUCUCAAUAGGAAAUAUUUCUAAUUUAUUGUAUAUAAAGUGAGUAACCUCGUCUUUCUUUUUGGAAUGAGUUCAAUAUGCUGAUAUUGUUUCGUCGUAUUGGAACAUGGCAUCUUACUGUAAUAUAGAUGAUUUUCUUUUUCUUUUUGUCUGUCACGUUCUUUACAUUCUGUUUUCCAUGUUGUUGUGCCGACUGUCUGAAUGACCCGUUCUGAUGUCAGUCCGACGAGCUCUUUGUGUCUAUAAUUUGUUUAAUGGUGAACAGUAAUGAGUUGGUCUCUGCUGAUGCCGCUAAGUGUUAGGACAGAAAGGACGAAAAGGUUUGAUUGAAACGAAGCAACGCUUCUAUAUAAAUUAUCAUUUCUCUUUUGAAUUAUUGACUCUAUUACUUCCGUCCCUUUUUAUGACUUUCUCCCUGUAUUUGCUGUCCUGACGGGAGGAACAAAGUUUCGGGGGGGUGCUUGCUGUUGAUAAAUACGGACAGAGUUCCACAAGUCAUUUUACUUUCCCUCGCCUUUUGUGACGAGACAAAUCCAAGCCAUGUGGCCACAGUAAAGGCUUUAUUAACGAGCAGGCGACUCCAGUCACUCUGAUCCUCUCCUCCAUGUGAAAUGUUCCAGUCCUUUCCUGUAUGUUUUCCUCUUCUCUGUGUUGUUGUCUCUUGUUUCUCUGUGCGAUGGCACUGCUGAUGCUGGAUUCCUAUUAAAGACACUUUACAAUACGACCGUGCUUCUUUUCACUGCAUUGCUGCCUCUCACUGAUAAUUAAAUAGGGGGAUUUCUGGGAGGUAUUGUGGAUGAGCAUUUGUGAUUUACAGCUUAAAUCGACCAUCUAUAUAAUUGCUGUCCCCCGCUUUUUUUUUCUUUUUCUUUUUCUUUUUUCCACCACGCCGUCCUUUGGUGUGAAUGAGGCUGCAGUGGGAAAGUUCAGAGAGAGCAGCUCAGCUUUCCCUUUGGUCUCUUCGUACUUCUCCAAAUUGAAUUUGGUCUCUGUGGGAAGACAGAAAGAGACAGAGACAAGCAGGGGGACUGGGAGAGAAAGAAGAGGAUGAGCCAGCAUGUGUUUAAAAUAUGUGUCUCUUCAGCUUCUCUACACUGAAGCUUAAAGGAGAGGGGCGUCUGUUUGGCUGCAACACCAAACGACUGUCAUAAACCCAUAAACACCCCCCCCCCACACACACACACACACACACACACACAACACCACACACACAGAUGAUGAGUGCAUUCAUUAGAAGCGUCGUCAUCCGUCCAUUAGUAGCUUGUGAAGCCGCUGUGGUUCCUGUGUUUGUCUCUGCACCAAAUGACUGAUAGACACCCAGUCUGAUGAGGGCUGCAGGAUCUCUGUUUCCUGUCUUGAUUCUCACAAGAUGUAGAAACAGUCAUGGUCGAGCUUGGAGUUGAAGCGAGGUAGUAAAAGUUGCCAUUUGUUGCGAAAACUAUGACAUAAAACAAUCUAGGCAACAACACUAUCAGUGACUCUCUCAGCUGUGCCUUUUUAGGACUUGCACCAAAGUAGUAUUACUAACAUUAACUGUACUUAUUCUUAUAAUUUUCUUAGUGUGAUUUGCUGUUUCGGGCAGGACCACAGGCAGGUCUCAAAGUCCACCAGUCCAACUCCACCCUUUUUAAAAAUGUUUUAGACCAGCCACAGUUUUGAUUUAUUCAUCUGUUCAAAUUUGAUUUCUGACCGCUUUGUCUUUAUCUUAAUUUCCUUUUUCAACAACAACACACAAACAAUCAUAUUUUAAAUUUGAUAUGGAAAUAUUAAAAUCAACCUCCAGAAACCCUACAGAGGACAAUUUAUUCCUGCGCCGUAAGUGUCACUGCAGAUGUUAAAAUCAACAAACAUUAUCACAUGGGUUGCAGCACUGUUGUGGGAUAUGUUAUAGCAGCAGUUGUCGUGGUAACGUGUCAUCUUAGGCGUUGAUAAGAAGCACGCAAUUCCAAAUGGCACAAACUCUGUAAUGCUUGUCUCCACUUACUAGUUAAUAAACAUUAAUAAAUACUUUAUUGCACUGUGUAAAAUGUGACCACUGAUCAGGGAUCUGAUUAGGUGUUCACAGCGUGUUAUAUGGUGUUAAUGAACUGUUUAUAUGUCAUGUACAAGUCAUUCAGCAGUGACUUUAAAACAGCUGAAAUACAUGAAG